AUGGAUUCGUCCGCCGAUGAUACGAGGCCAGGAGAGGAGCCUGAAGAGCAGCGUCAGCAUGUCGAUGCCACCAUGGCGAAGCGCGUGGUGCGCAAAAUUGAUCGCUUUAUCAUCCCUGUUCUAUUCGUCACCUACAUGUUCAACUUCAUGGAUCGCACCAUCUUGUCGAGUGCUUCUGUUUUUGGUCUCAGAGAAGACACUAAUUUGAGGGGUCAGCAAUACAGCUGGGUCUCGAGCAUGUUCUACUUUGGCUACUUUGCCUGGACGUACCCAACUUCGCUUCUCAUUACUCGUCUGCCGGUGGCCAAGUACCUGACCGUCAAUGCUCUCUUCUGGGGCACUGUCGUGGUGGUGACAGCAGCAUGCACCAGUUUUGGCGGCCUUCUCGCGGUCCGCUUCUUGCUGGGUAUCGCUGAGGCGACCUUGACUCCAGCCUUUAUGUUCCUCACAUCAACCUGGUAUACUCGCGACGAGAUCCCCUUCCGUACAGGGAUCUGGUUUGCUGGCAACUCCGUCGGUGGACUUGUUGGUAGUCUUCUUGCCUUUGGCGCUGGUCACAUUAGCCCAGACAAUGUCGUCGGUCCCUGGCGUGCCAUGUACCUCAUCCUCGGUCUCGGCACUUUCGUCUGGUCGUUUGCUAUUUUCACGUUUCUCCCCGAUCGCAUCUCUAACGCUCGUUUCUUGAACGCCGAGGAACGUCAAUUUGCCGCAGGCCGUGUCGUCGUUGCCGGUACAGGCAGCACAGAGAAGACGAAUUGGCGCCUGGACCAGGUCAAAGAAUGCCUCGUCGAUCCCAAGACGUGGCUCAUCUUUGCCCUCGAGGUGACCACGCAGAUCCCCAACGGUGGCACUCAAAACUUCGCCAACCUUGUCAUCCGGUCCUUCGGCUUCACAAGUCUGCAGUCGACUCUCAUAAAUAUCCCCUAUUCGAUGCUAGCUGCAUCGGUCAUCGCCGGCACCGGUUGGCUUGCCGGCCGCUACCGCACAAUGAACUGCCUCCUCAUCGUCUGCGUCGUUUCUCCUUGUAUAAUCGGUUCCGCCAUGAUCUACCGCCGCGAGCACAUCAGCCCUAGCGGCCACUGCCAGUGUGCAUUCACCGGAAAUUCAACAUAUGGUGCAAAGUAUCCAGAAUUCCCAGAAAUGCCACGGCCCCCUCUGGAAAUCACGACACGGGGUAUCGGGCGCUUCAAAUACUCCGUCUCGGAUGCUGAUACCACAAGGGUACAUAGCAACCAUUGUAAUUUCGGUGCCGGCAUAUUCCUCCAAUCGCUGCGGAUCUUCAUCCCAUCAACCUAA